AUGCCACCUCCCGGCCCUCCUUCGAACCGAAACACCUUGCGAAAGGGUGAGGGGAACCAGCAGAAUUUGCCGGGCGCGCCGUCUCGCGAAUCAUCCCUCGUUCAACCACCGCAGCAAGGUCAGGGUCAACCACAGCCACCAACACCAGGGCUACAAUCGUUUGGAGCUAACGUUGUACCCGCAGGCUCUCAAGGACAACCAUAUCGGGGAGCGGCCAAGCCAGGACAGCCAGGCCAAGAAAUAGAUGUAGGCAGGGCAACACCACCUCCCCGUGCCCCUAAUGAUAUGACGGAUGAAGAGGUGCAGCAAUUGAUUAAAGAACAUGAAGUUCUCCGUGAGAAAUACCAGAAGGUGAAGCGGUACUUCUUUGAACAGCAGACCCAAGUGCAUCAGCUCCAGAACACCCUUGCACAUCAACGUCUGUCGCUCUCUCGUACGUCAUGGGACGAUUCCGAGUAUUCUACGCGUUUCAAUCGGCUGGACGGUCUUAUUGCUCAGCUGUCUUUCGCAAUUCGCAAGGAUUGGAAAGCAAUCCCGCAAUGGCUGCAACCCGUGGUCAACAAAACCGCGGUCGAAACAGGGAAACAAGAAAUGACUGCUGUCGGACGUGCUUUCAUCUCGUCUUGGCUGGUUGAUGAAAUUUUUGAGCGAGUAUUCCACCCAGACCUUGAGCCUGGGCUUUCCACCCAACUGAAAAUGAUUCAACUCAAUAUCCGGAAAUUUGCUCCCGCGUCACAAUCCGGCGAAGAGGAAGACGCCCUCGUUACUAAGGUUAUCAAUUGGCGAUUAGCCACUCUCGAAGGCCUCGCGGAGACUCUUCGUGCCCCCCAAUGUGCUACAAACCGACAACGUCUCACCGACCAGCUGAACGAGAAGCUUAUCGCUACUGUACAAAUGUAUCUCCAAGAUCCUGCUCCACCAGAUCUCGCGGGGGGUAUUCCCAUGAUUGUCGAGCUCGCUAUAAACAUAGCCCAGCAUGUUCCAUUGGAGAGCCGAGAAGUUCACAUCGAGUACUUCCACCCGGGCCACGGCCUUGUGCCUGAUUUCAUGAAAAUGGAAACGGGAAUUCCCGCUCUGACAAACCCCAUUCACGAUCCAAACGCCGAUGCAGACAAAGCAUCGCUCAAGAGCACGGCGUCUGACCUCCGCGACUCUGCCACUUCAUCGGUGACGGAGCAAGAGACGCAAGCAGCACAGGCUCAAGGUCAGCAAGGCCAGGGUAACAUCAACAACAAGGAUCUCGGCGACAACAGGGGCAAGCGAGGCAUGUUCGGCAGCCUGAUGGGUAAUCCCAAGAAGGGCCCAGCUCCUCCAGCUCAGCUUGGAAAGCAGCAGCCGACAGCUGGCGGCGCGGGAAGCAGCCAAGUGAGCCUCUCCCAGCAGCCUCCUGGAAGCUCCAACGGACCGAAGGAGGAGCAGAUCCCACCCAGGGUGCGAUUGGCUGUCGGUUUCGCCGUACAAAUCCGCGGCAAGAGUAUAUUGAUGAAGGCGCCCGUGUACAGCACAUAA